AUGGACGGUACCAAUGGUGACGCUGAUGUAACACCCAUCCAGCCUCUACGUCGUUCGAUUGUAACCUCUCCCAAGGACGAGGACCUCUGGGACCAUGCAGUCAAGCUUGAUGACCGGCAGAAAGUCGACCUCUCACGAGAAGCCAAGAGGGAAGCUCUCUUGGAUAUCCAUGUCGUUGCAGAGAAGGAAAAGACGUCUACAAAAGGGAGACAAUGGAAGCUAGAAAAGAGAAGUGACGGGGAGCCGAUCGUCUUGCGAGACGUGUUGGGAAGGAUCGCAGGUUGGAUCGACAGCUAUAAGGAUGUGGUGAUAAUACCGUGA